AUGACCAGUCAAAGCCUGUGCCGGGCUAGCGAUACCUCCUUUGGCCCCGUGGUGGACAGCCAAUGUCGAUCAUUCGAUUUCACCUUGUUCUUCGAGGAUGUCUUUCUUGCUUGUGUUCCUUCUGCCGUCUUCAUCAUCUUGGGCAUCAUCCGAGUGUUGCAGUUGGUUGGAAGGUCGAACAUAAUUAUCAGGACAUAUAGGGUUGCUUGGACUUCGACAUUGUAUCUAAUUCUGUUUGCAAGCGAGGUCGCUCUCCUUGUGCUUCGUCAACAGAUAGCUGUUCUCAAGACCCAGGCUAGCUUGGCGGCCCAAUUGUUGCGAGCUUUUGGAACCUGUGUAGCACUAUGUCUAUCAUACUUGGAGUAUAAUCGGACACUGCGGCCACCACUUCUAAUUAACGUCUAUCUAUUCCUGGUAGUGCUAUUUGAUGGUGUCUUUAUCCGCUCGUUCUGGUUGGCAUCUAACUCGUCGAGUGCAACAGCUCUAUGCAGUACUGUGCUCGCCGUUCAUAUUACUGUGCUCAUCGCAGAGUCCCUAAAAAAAGAACAUUCUCUGAUAACAACCAGAUGCCGACAGCCAACCGCCGAGGAGACAAGUAGUCUUUGGGGCUUGGGAUUGUUAAUAUGGGUUCUGCCAGUAUUGCAGCAAGGGUUCACCCGUCCCUUGGGCUUAUCGGAUGUCCCCCCUGUUGCCCUAGAGCUGGCGAGCAUGAGACUAAUGAAGCGAUUACAGAGGUCUUGGGGAAAUGGUAUGCUUACUCACCAAGCCAUAGAUGAUCCUUUAGUCGACCAUUCCAAAAGAAAUCAACUGCCAAUCACAUUAUUACAAACGUACAAGAUGGCCUUCUUCAGUGCAGUUAUCCCUCGACUUUGCCUUUCGGCGUUUACCAUUAUGCAGCCCCUGUUGGUCGAUAAAAUUACUACAUACGCUGCACUUCCGGAAACUCCAGAGACAAGGAACAAGGGGUAUGGGUUAAUAGCGGCUUCAGGGAUUGUAUAUUUUGGUAUUGCUGUAUCCACUGCAUUUUACAGUCGACAGACGUAUCGGUUCAUCAUCAGUAUUCGUGGUAGUCUUCUUGCGACGAUCUAUGCACAGACUCUCAAACGGCGGUCUGGGGAGAUGGGCACCGACACGGCUAUCACACUGAUGGGGACAGAUGUGGAGCGCAUUUCAACUAGCCUGCGUGAUAUACACGAGAUAUGGGCAUCCCCAAUCGACAUUGGACUGGCACUGUGGCUAUUAGAACGCCAGCUUGCGGUGUCGUGCCUCAUGCCUGUCAUCCUUUCUCUGGCAUGUAUAUCAAUGAUAAUAAAAGUCUCGAAAUCCAAGAAUAGGGCUCAGCGCGCGUGGAUUGCUAAAGUCGAGCUCAGAAUACAUGCUACUAGGCAAGCCCUAAGCAGCAUAAAAUCGUUGAAAGUACUUGGUCUUUGUAAUCGAGUGGAGGAAGUCAUCGCUGGUUUUCGUUCUACCGAAAUUGCCACUUCGCGUAAAUUUCGAUCACUUAUAUUUUGGGAAGUCCUCAUCUCCAGCUUCCCGUGGCUCGCUGCUCCGGCAGCCUCAUUCACAUUGUUUACGAUAAUCUCCUUCACAACAAAAGAUUACUCAUUAAAUUCCUCGCAGGCAUUCACGGCACUGUCUCUAAUGACACUCAUUACGAUGCCAGUCUGGACCUUCAUACAGACGUUACCGGCCAUCGUUCAGUGCCUGGGCUCUUUUACUCGAAUCCAAGACUAUAUCGCCGUACACCGUUCAUCAAAAACGGUUUUAGUUGAAAAUGAGCGUGGUGAUAGCUCUAUCAUGGAUGAGGGAAACAUUAUAGAUUGCAGAGAUGCUUUCAUAAGGUGGGAACCUUCAGGAUGCGAUAUGCUCUACGGUAUCAAUUUGAGCGUGCCAAGAGGCUCCUUUGCUGCGAUCAUGGGGCCGAUAGGCUCUGGUAAGACACUGCUACUGGAGACUGUACUGGGCGAAACUGUUGUUAGUAGAGGUCGGGUGUCCGUACACCCUGUGCCCAUUGCAUACUGCGCUCAGACUCCCUGGCUAGUGGAUACCAGUGUCCGCGGUAACAUCGUCGAUCCGCUAAACUUUGAGCCGGAGUGGUACCACCACGUACUAUGGAUGUGCUGUUUGGCCGAAAACGUUGAAGCUCUGCCGGAAAAGGACUUGACUAGAAUCGGAGGGCAGGGAUGUAUGCUCAGUGGAGGACAGAAACAACGCCUGGCGCUUGCUCGUGCAGUGUAUUCUGGCUGCGAGAUGGUAGUCCUCGACGAUAUCUUUAGCGGACUCGAUGCUGCAAAUAUUAAUAAAAUCUGUGAAAGGCUACUGGACAGGCGUAAGGGUUACCUGCGUUGCAAAGGCAUUACUGUUAUCCUAUCAACGCACAAUGCCAAAGUAACGGCUUUUGUAGAUGAUGUUUAUAUUUUGGAAGAGGGUACAGUGGCGAGAUACAAGCCGUCUGCCUCUUCAAAACUCUCUUCCGGUCAUCAAACGUCUUUUCCAGAUGACCACGAGUUUGAAUCACGACCGGCCUCUCCAGAACGGCAGGCCUCUCAAUCCGUGGAUGCGGAGGUAUCCUCUGAUGACACUGCGCCGGAUUCCAAGCAGACCGUCUCGCGGCCGGUCAAAGAUCGCUCCGUUUACUUAUAUUACCUGAAGUCUGCAGGUUUGGGGCUUUCGAUUCUUUACAUAGUUCUAGUCCUUGUCUUCGCGUUCUCCCAAAACUUUUCAACACUCUGGCUCAAGUGGUGGUCAGACGCCAGUACGGAAAGCCCAAACGGUGCACAUUGGAUGUACUUAGGCGUUUUUAUUGCCCUUGGGCUUGGCGCUGUCAUUAUCGGCGCUGCCAGCUCAUGGUAUAUUCUCAGUCUAUCCACUUGGUAUGACUUACAGGACAAUAACCGGCUACAGGAUUUACCUUCUUCAUAUGAUAUCCAACACUGCACAACGUCUACAUCUAUCCAUGCUAAGACCACUUUUACAGUAUAUGAUGAAGCGCUGGGUGCUUGUUUGCUAAAGAUGAUCAUAUUGUUCGUCGUAGCGAACUAUAUGUCCCUGACAGUUCCGCCUCUUCUAAUAGUAUGCUACUUCCUUCAGAGGUACUACCUCCGAACGUCUCGACAAGUACGCCUCCUCAGCAUCGAGACCAAGGCUCCAUUGUAUCAGCAUCUUUCUGAGACACUGAGCGGUGUAUCUACCAUCCGUGCCUUUCGUCGACAACAAUGGCUUGAGAGAAAUAACCUCCUUUUCGUGGAUGAUUCACAGAAAUGCGUCUAUACCCUAUUCAUGAUCCAACAAUGGUUAACGCUCGCUAUGGACCUUUUAGCAUGUGGACUGGUUGUUCUUCUCAUGAUCCUCAUCGUCUUUAGCAGGGAUUCUUUUGAUUCCGGGUCAUCUGGAACAGCGAUUGUAACCCUCAUGAGCUUUACGCAGUCUUUGGCACGCUUACUCAAAUUCUGGUCACUGACCGAAUCAUGUCUCGGGGCAGUCUCCCGGAUCAAAACCUUCGCGGAGACCGUGCCGUCAGAAGCGCAGAGUAAACAUUCCGAUGCUGACUCCUCGUUUUCCAUGCAUGAGAAGGUUACGUGGCCCAGUCAGGGGGCAAUCGAAUUCGUUAAUGUCGUUGCAGCUUACAGAUCCCACCCUGUUCUCAAAUCAGUUUCAAUGCACAUUAAACCAGGAGAUAAAGUUGCCAUUUGCGGACGCUCUGGAAGCGGCAAGUCAUCGCUUGUGCUCUGUCUUGGUGGGUUGCUUCCCAUACAAAGCGGCUCCGUUCAAAUUGACGGGGUCGACCUCAGCAAUGUCUGUUCAGAGGACAUUCUCAAGCGUCUGAGCGUCGUACCCCAGGACCCUUGUUUUCUGCCCGGAACCAUCCGGCUCAACAUCGAUCCUGAUGAGGCACUGUCGGAAGCCGCCCUGGAAGGCGUCCUAAAAGCCACCCAUUUAUCUGCUAUUGUUCAGAACAUGGGUGGACUGGAUGCUGAACUAGAACCGGGUUUAUGGUCAGCCGGGCAAGGACAGUUGAUGGCACUUGCGCGCGCUAUGGCGAGGAGGAGCAGGAUUCUAAUCCUUGAUGAAGCCAUGGGUCGAGUCGAUGCCGCUACACAAUCGCUCAUGGAACGCAUUGUUGCUAGUCAUUUCAAUGAUUGUACCAUUCUUUCAAUUGUGCACCGGUACGAAAAUAUAUCCGCCUUUGAUAAGAUUGCGCUCUUUGAGGAUGGGGUACUUGUGGAGUUUGACCGUCCUGAGUCAUUGCUGUCACAAGAGACCAGGUUUCGGGCUCUGUAUACUUCUAGCCAAAAUUGA